GUGGGUUCAACAUCAACACACACUGAACUUCACAGCAGCUGUUUCCCCCUCUGACUGCUUAUCAAUACGGUCUGCCACACAGUGCAGAAAACCUACAGGUUGCCUGUACUGUGUUUGUGAGGAAUGGAACCUCUGCCCAAGGCUGGGAAGGAUAAUCCUUCGGCUUCAGCUAAUCUUCUUUCUAAGAUUUUCUUCUGUUGGCUAAGCCCCUUGUUCAGAACUGGGUACAGGAGAAAGCUUGAAGAAGAUGACAUGUUCAGAGUCCUGCCAGAGGAUGCUUCCAAUAGACUUGGGGAGGAGCUGCAGCGGUAUUGGACUCAAGAAGUUCAACAGGCAAAAAAAAAGUUACAACCUCCAAAAUUUAGCAAAGCUUUGAUUCAAUGCUACUGGAAGUCAUAUUUACUUAUUGGAGUAUACAUCUUUUUAGAGGAAGUUAUUAAAGUCAUUCAGCCAGUGCUACUUGGAAAACUCAUUGAGUACUUUGAGAGCUAUGAUGCCACUCAACCGGUUCCAGUCUAUGAGGCUUACAGCUACGCUGCAGGCAUCUCACUGUCCACCUUCAGCCUGGCUCUUCUUCAUCAUCUGUAUUUCUACCAAGUUCAGCGAGCAGGCAUGAAGAUUCGAGUUGCAGUCUGCCACAUGAUCUACCGGAAGGCUCUUUGCCUGAAUAGCUCCGGGCUGGCCAAAACGACCACAGGACAGAUCGUAAACCUUUUAUCCAAUGAUGUCAACAAAUUUGACGAGGUGACGUUAUACCUGCAUUUUUUGUGGCUUGGUCCACUACAAGGGAUAAUUGUGACAGUGUUGCUGCUGUACGCGAUUGGUCCAUCAUGCCUUGCGGGAAUGGCUGUCCUUUUAAUUUUGAUGCCAAUACAAACUACAUUUGGACGUUUGUUUUCAAGUCUUCGGGCUAAAACAGCGGUUUUAACAGACGAACGAAUCCGCACUAUGAAUGAGGUGGUUUCUGGGAUCCGGGUUAUAAAAAUGUACGGUUGGGAAAAGCCUUUUGGUGUGAUGGUGGAUGAGGUCAGAAGAAUGGAGAUCUCGAAGAUCAUGCAAAGCUCUUAUCUACGGGGUCUGAACAUGGCAUCCUUUUUUGUGGCCAGCAAGAUUGUCAUCUUCUUCACCAUCUGUGUUUACGUGCUGACAGGAAACAAACUGUCGGCUAGCAGAGUAUUUAUGGCCGUUUCCCUCUACGGUGCAGUCAGGCUCACCAUCACACUCUUUUUUCCUUUUGCUAUAGAGAAGGUCUCUGAGUCUCUUAUCAGCAUCCAAAGGAUACAAAAAUUUCUUCUGUUGCAUGAAAUGGCUCCACAACAUCUGGGACUUCCUGUGGCAGAGAAGGACUGUAUGGUAAAAAUUCAGGAUUUAACAUGCUACUGGGAUAAGAAUCUUGAGGCUCCAACUUUACAGAAUAUGUGUUUCACAGUGAGGCCUGAGCAACUGCUGGCAGUUAUUGGACCUGUUGGUGCUGGAAAGUCCUCGCUCCUCAGUGCCAUACUGGGAGAAUUGUGUCAUGAAAGUGGUGUGAUCAAAGUCAAGGGAGAGCUGACCUACAUGUCUCAGCAACCGUGGAUUUUACCCGGCACAAUUCGAAGCAAUAUUCUUUUCGGCAAGGAGCUUGAUCCCAAGAAGUAUGACCGAGUUUUAAGAGCCUGCGCCCUGAAAAGAGACAUAGAGCUGUUGCCGGGCGGUGACUUAGCGAUGGUUGGAGACCGGGGGACCAAUCUGAGUGGAGGACAGAAGGCAAGGGUCAGCUUAGCAAGAGCAGUGUAUCAGGAUGCAGACAUCUACCUGCUAGAUGAUCCUCUCAGCGCCGUGGAUGCUGAAGUGGGCCGGCAUCUCUUUCAACAGUGCAUUUGUGGACUUCUGAGAAAAAAGCCUCGUAUUCUAGUUACACAUCAGCUACAGUACUUGAAGGUUGCAGAUCAGAUUGUUGUGUUGAAAGAGGGCCAGAUGGUAGCACGAGGGACUUACAGGGAGUUGCAGUUGUCUGGAGUAGACUUCACCUCCCUGCUUAAACAUGACCAGGAGGAUGAACAGCAGGACUUUCACCCUUUCACCUGUAUACCCUAUGUGCUGUCUGACAGGUCCUCCGUGUCCUCCCUUUCCUCCUCUCAGUAUUCUUUGAUCGAAGGAACAGAUGCUCGUUCAAUGGAAGUGCAUCCAAAAGAGGAGGAAAACCGCAUGGAAGGAAAUGUCGGCCUGUGCAUGUAUGUGAAAUAUUUCAUGGCUGGUGCUCAUUUCUCUAUUCUCUUGGUCCUCAUUUUACUCAACCUUCUAGCACAUGUAACGUUUGUAUUACAGGAUUAUUGGCUUGCUUUCUGGGCUUCUGAGCAGAGACACAUCAGUGAGACAGAACACCUGAAUGGCAGCCUCCCUCGGCAGUUGGACCUUGACCUGUACCUGGGUGUUUACGCAGGUUUAACAGCUACCUCAGUCGUCUUUGGCUUCCUUCGCACCUUGGUCUUCUUUAAUGUCCUAGUCAGCUCAGCCCAGAAACUUCACAACAGCAUGUUUAAUGCCAUCAUUCGGACCUCACUUCGCUUUUUUGAUGCCAACCCAAUUGGAAGAAUCCUCAACAGGUUUUCUAAGGACAUUGGUUACCUGGACUCUCUGCUUCCAUGGACGUUUGUGGACUUCACCCAGGUAUUCCUCCAAGUCAUUGGAGUGAUUGCGGUUGCUGCCAUUAUCAUCCCCUGGAUCCUCAUUCCCAUUGUUCCUCUUCUUGGCGUCUUCCUGUUUCUACGUCACUACUUCCUGCAGACAUCCAGGGAUAUAAAGCGCCUUGAGUCUACUACUCGUAGUCCUGUUUUCUCCCAUCUCUCCUCGACCUUACAAGGCUUGAGCACCAUCCGUGCCUUCAGGGUCCAAGAGAGGUUUCAGCAAAUGUUUGACGAAUAUCAAGAUCUUCAUUCAGAAGCCUGGUUCUUGUUCCUGACUACUUCUCGAUGGUUUGCAGUGCGCCUGGAUGUGAUAUGUUCAGUCUUUGUCACCAUUACAGCUUUUGGGUGUCUGUAUCUCAAAGAGGGUCUAGAACCAGGUGCAGUGGGUCUGGCUCUGACUUAUGCCGUUACACUCACAGGAAUGUUUCAGUGGGGUGUCAGACAGAGUGCAGAGAUAGAGAACAUGAUGACAUCAGUGGAAAGAGUGGUUGAGUAUGCAGAGCUGGAAAGCGAGGCACAGUGGGAGACGGACUUCCAACCUCCUGAAGACUGGCCACAGACCGGCACCGUCACCUUAGACAGAGUCAACUUCUCCUACAGUGUCGGCGAACCUCUGGUCCUGAAGGACCUGAGUGUUACCUUUGCAUCCAAAGAAAAGGUCGGCAUUGUCGGGCGCACCGGCGCCGGUAAAAGCUCCCUAGUAUCGGCCUUGUUCCGACUUGCAGAACCUGAAGGAAAAAUCACCAUUGAUGGCUUUCUGACUUCUGAGAUUGGUCUACAUCCUCUUCGGCAGAAAAUGUCAAUCAUACCACAGGACCCGGUUCUCUUCACGGGCACCAUGAGGAAGAAUCUGGACCCUUUCAGGCAGCACACAGAUGAGGACCUGUGGAAUGCACUCCAAGAGGUGCAGAUGAAGGCCGUGGUGGAAGACCUACCCAAUAAGCUGGAAGCAGUUCUGACAGAGUCUGGCUCUAACUUUAGUGUGGGCCAGAGGCAGCUGGUGUGUCUGGCCAGGGCCAUCCUCCGGAAAAACCGGAUCCUUAUUCUUGACGAAGCUACAGCCAACGUGGACCCGAGAACUGACAGCCUCAUCCAGCAGACUAUUCGGGACAAGUUUCAAGACUGCACAGUCCUCACCAUUGCUCACAGGCUCAACACUAUCAUUGACUGUGACAAAAUACUGGUUCUUGAUGCUGGUCGGAUGCAGGAGUAUGAUGAACCAUACGUGCUGCUCCAGAACCACGAUGGGCUCUUCUACCAGAUGGUUCAGCAGACAGGCAGAGCUGAGGCAGCAUCCCUGCUCCAAACAGCCAAACAGGUGUACACGGACAAAAAGCAGCUGACUGAGGCGUGCUCUACCAAGGACAUCCGUGUCAUCUUUGAGACGUCACUUUGAUGGUUUGGAGAGCUGAUGUGGUCCUGGAACUGCCACAGAGCAAAACUGCACAAAUCAAAUGAACUUGACUGACAAAUUUAGGUUUGACAAAUUAGACACGAGGCAAGUACUGGUGUUUGUUGAGGAAACACUGUUGCCUACAUUUACUGAGUAUCUCAUGCCAAAAUAGUAAGUUAUAAGGGUGAAAAAUGUUUAUUUAAAAAUUGUAUUAAAAAAGACAGAUAUAACUCAAUACUCCCUUGUAAACAAAUUCAGUACCCAGAAAAGAAAGUUUUUAGUUGUAAUCAAUUUAAAACAUGAAAAAGCUCCUCCCAGAGUGUAAUUAUGAAGUGUGGCAAAAAUGUCAGUUCACAGUCAGUUAUUUUUAAAUAUUGUAGGAUGCACCCAGGAAAACAUGCAAGCAUCAGCAUAAGAGCAUUUCAAAAUGUUUUUCUCAAAAACAGAGAAGAAAAAGACACUAAUCAAAAGCAAAUAGGCAAAAGUGUUGGAAAACAAAUGACUUAGUGCUACGUGUUGGUUAUAAAGCGACAGUAAAAUAACUAUAGGAGAAAAAGAUGGUCAGAUGACCUAUCUGUUUGUUUUAAAAUGAUUUGAAAUCAGGUUUUUUUUUUUAGCUUUUUGAUUGUUGGUAUCUUAAAUAGUUGGAUGGCUCAGUUGGCUGUGUGUAGGACUGGUGCAUGGGAAACCAAGGUUUUUUUUCCAGGGGGCGCGAUGGGCUUCAUCCAAUGUGGGUCCUUGGGCAAGACCCUACAUGCUACAUCCUACCUUUGCAACCAUUUGGAGGCUUGGGUCUGGUUCUUUCUGUGCCAGGAUAAAAUACAGGGUUGUGUCAGGAAGGGCAUCUGGCAUUAAACUCUCUGCCAAACUAAGUAUACAGAUCAGUGAAAACUGAUUCGCUGUGGAAACCCCUCAGGGGGUAUGCUAUAAAGGUGAUUAUUGGCAUCUUGGCUGAAUUUAAAGUCACCAAGUUUUUCCCAAGUUGUAGGAAUACACCCAGUAAAGCUGUGAAUUUGACAGUCAAUCAACAGAUUGACACAUUUUUGGUGAAAUCUAAACUAAAAUGAGUUUCAUAACAAAAAGAAAAAAACAUUAGUGAAGAUGUAAUCAAGUCACAGAGUAGAAAAGGUUUUGGAACUAAGAACUUAAGUAUGUUGGCCCAUUUUUCAACAAAUCUGCUCUGUUUAAAGUCCCACUCCAAUCAUCUUUUAACCUAUUUCAACUGUUCCCUGUGGUCUUUUAAUUAUGAUUUUGCCAUGUUUGUUUUUUUGUAGCCAAAAUUUUUAAAAAGUCAUUUUCUAGGACAUUAUUUCUGCAGAGUGACAGGAGUUUAUAAGAAAUUUGCCUAUGAGUUGUAGGCAGUACCAUUAGUGCUGAGUAAGCCUCCCCUUAUUUCCCAUCAUCCAUCUGUUUAAACUCUCUUCUGCUAGCUUACAGCCCCUCCCACUACCAACCUAACAUUACCAGUGCAACAAAAAUGGUGAGCA